AUGUCGACGACUAACGAUUUUGCAAUUAUCCGGGCCGAGCCGAAGGACACGGAGGAGAUCCGACAAUUCCUAAUCAACUCCUUUGUUACAACGGAGCCAAUUAGCAAGUCGAUUGGUCUCCAGGCUAACGAUUCCGCCGAUUUUAUGAAAGAAACUGCUAAAGUAUCAGCCGAAUCGGGCCAUUCCGCAUUGCUACGUAAUGACGCUGGCGAGAUUAUUGGUGUUGCGCUUCUGUCGGUUCAACCUGUCGAGAAAAUCUACGACGCUCCAAAGCCGCCAGACCCUAAAACUGGCGGAAAAAUGCUGUUGAUUGCAAAUUUUUUAUGGGCACUGGAUCAGGGGUUGAAAAACCACCUGUCGCCUGAUACAAAAGAAGUGGUCAAGUUCGAGAUUAUAAACCUCAAUCCAAACUACACACGACGAGGACUUGCUCAAAAAUUAAUGGAUUGGUCAAUGGAAGAGGUGAAAAAGCUCAAUCUACCUAUUUAUACACAAGUGACCGCUAUCGCCUCACAACGGCUUUUCGCCAAGUACGGCUUCCAAGUGAACUACGAGAUUUUGCACAAGGAUUGGUUGGAUGAGGAUGGUAACCAGAUUUUCCGAUGUGAUGACGGCACGGAUCGAGGGCAACUGAUUUCUAGGAUGCCA